AUGACAGGUACUUCCCUUUCUUCCUCUCAGGACAUGCUGUCAGUCAUGAAGAACAAAGGGCCGAACACUGAGGGUAUUUUUAUGUUACCAGCUAAUGUCACUUCAGGCCAAAUUUUGAAGGAAAAACUUGACCAUGGGCAGUAUGUAAAUUUAUACAUGGAAGAUGUUCAUGUCGUUGCUGCAGUCCUAAAGGAGUUCUUACAAAACCUUGAAAAUAGUCUGAUGACAGCUGAACUCUAUGAGGAGUGGCUGAGUGUGCUAGACUGCCUCACAGAACAGGAGCAAUUGGCUGCUGCAAAAAGUCUUCUAGAAAAAGUGCCACCUGUGAAUGCCCUUCUCAUCAUACAUCUCUUCAGAAUACUUCACACAAUUUCUAAAAAUUCAGAAAAGAAUAUGAUGUGCAGUGACCGGUUAGCUUUAUGCCUAGCCCCAAUUCUGCUCUGGAGCCCUGGUUCAGGAUUCGGGGAGAAAUUUGCCAGAAAGACAAUCCCCCCUUUAUCUUAUAACAGCUGA